UCUUAACUGAAUUGGUGUAAAGAGAGAUAGAAUCUGAAGAAAGCUACUCUUAUUAAUUCCUUUUUCUUCAACUAUGGUAGAGCUUCUUUCUUGAAUGACUUAUUGGCAUAUAUGUAUGUGUGAAUGCAUGGACAAGAAAGUGGGGUACUAUGGAAAUUAGUCCAAUGAGUUGUCUGAUGAAAGGAAAUUGACAGCAUUGCUUCCUUACCAUAGUUACUGUUUCUCCAAUGGAUUCUUGAAAUCAACAUGUCUCAGAGUUUUUGUCAAUAAUUAUUUUAAGUACACAAAAGUGUACAAUCAAGAGGACCAUCACCUUGAUCUCAACUUUCAUACUGAUGGAGUUCAAGUUGGUACUUUUAUACAUCCAUAUGGUUUUUAGCACUGUUAUGAAGGAGGACAUGAAAAUAUCUCAGAAAAUAUCUCAGAAAAUAUCUCAGCUUUUUCAAUAGUAAUUUGAACCACAAGUGUCAAUGUUCAUAUUGGAUGAUUUUCUUGAAUGGCAAGUUCAUUUGCAGCUAUAGCAGGAGGAAUUGGAGGGGUAGUAGUAGUCCUUUUAGGAGUGAUAUUCUUUGUAUGCUUUCGGACGUUCCGCAACAGGAAGUAUUCAAAUAGGAAUUCAGACUCAGCUUCUUCAGAUCCAUCUGCAGUAGUCGUUUCAGUGGAGCUGAAAAGGGGAGGAUCUUUUGGUCCAUCAAGGCUGUUCAGAAUGGAAGAGUUGGAGAAAGCUACAAAGCAUUUUGAUGAGAGCAAUCUCAUUGGUUGUGGGAGUUUUGGUCUGGUUUUCAAAGGAUUGCUUUGUGAUGGAACUGUUGUUGCUAUAAAAAGGCGUUUAGGGACUCCGAAACAGGAAUUUACCGAAGAGGUUGCUCGUUUAUCAAGGAUUCAGCACCGCAACCUGGUCAGUCUUUUAGGCUACUGCCAGGACAGUGGAUACUCCAUGCUGGUUUUUGAGUAUUUGCCUAAUGGAAGCAUGCACAAUCACUUGUAUGACACAGGAAGGGAAUCUGCAACAAAGCUAGAAUUCAAGCAAAGGUUAUCUAUUGCUAUUGGAACAGCUAAAGGUUUAAGUCAUUUACAUAGCCAACGCCCUUCAAUAAUCCAUGGGAACUUUAAAACAGCUAAUGUUUUGGUUGAUGAGGACUUCAUUGCCAAAGUUGCAGACGCGUGGAUUCUGCAACUACUCGAGAAAAUUGAUGAUGCAGGUCCUUCUGGCUUGAGUUCUUUCAAUGCUUUUAGAGAUCCAGAGAUAAACCAAAUUGGAAUUCUCUGUGAGACAAGUGAUGUUUACAGUUUUGGCGUAUUCCUGUUAGAGCUUGUAACAGGUAGGGAUGCUUCACAUAUAGAUGAAUUUGGAUCAAACCAAAGCGUACUUGAUUGGGUUGAAAAACAGCUGAGUUCAGAGCAGUUAGUGGAUCAUCGGCUUCUGGGAAGCUUCACUGCAGAGGUGAUGAGGGAUUUCGUCAAGAUAGCAUUGAGAUGCAUGAGUUUUCCUGGUAGAUAUAGGCCAACCAUGGAAACGGUCGUGCUGGAUCUUGAAAAGAUUCUUGAGAGGGAGAUGAUGCACACAACUGUUAUGGGAGAAGGUACUUCCACAGUUACUCUAGGGAGUCAAUUAUUUACAAACUGAAGCAAUGACGGGAGUCAAUAGUAACCGAGGAGACCUAGUUUAUUUUCAUGAUUGAAUUCGGCCUACAAGUAAAUGUACAUCAGCUUAAAUAGCUUUUCCCUCUCCCCUCCUUCUGCUUCAUCUUACAAAGCUAGAGGAGCAAAAGGUUGGGGCCUGAAAUAUUCAUCAGCAACAUUUUUUUAAAAAGUCCAAUACGCCUGAUAGGCGUUUAAGGGCAUUAUUGUUUGAUUUAUGAUAAUUAAUAUCCUGUUUGAUAGAGUCGAUAUGUUUGAAAGAAAUGAUCCAUUUUAGAUUGUGGUUGUGGCCUUGAUGAUUAUUGUAACUAGCAGAAGACUCCUGUUCAAUAAAGUUAAAUGAAGUUCAUGAAAUUAGUACUCUUGCAAUUCCAA